AUGGUGAAUAUGGAUGUCUUUGAUGUUGAAAUAGUUUCCAGUGAAACCAUCAGGCCAUCUUCACCAACACCUUCCCACCUAAAAAACUUCAAUCUCUCUCUUUUAGACCAGAUCACUCCUCCAUUUUAUAUUCCAACAACCAUCUUCUAUUCCCCCACCAUCAAUGCUAACCAAAUAUUGCAAAACCUGAAGGAUUCUCUGGCCGAAGCCUUAUCGAUCUUCUACCCACUUGCAGGGCGGAUUAAAGGUCAUCUCUCAAUCGAUUGUAACGAUGAGGGUGUUCUUUUUUCACAAGCCAAAGUUAACUGUCAAUUGUCUGAAUUUCUCAAUCCCCCCGAUACCAACAACUUAGUCUUUCGCCUUCUUCCAAUAGUAGAAAUUCCAAUUCCAAUUGAGAGACUGAAUGAUGCCGCACAAAUGGUUAUUCAGGUAAACAUAUUUACUUGUGGGGGAAUAUGUAUCGGCUUAUACUUCCUGCACCAAAUCAUCGACGCAACUGCUCUAAUGACUUUCAUCAGUUGCUGGGCAGCCAUUGCAAGCAGGCCACUGGGCAAAGAAUCAGAUUCAUGCUCCCCCAAUAUCAAUGCAGCCUCGCUCUUCCCUCCCCGAAGUGACUCCCAAUUGCCACCGCCAGAGAAACUGGUAUCAUAUAUGUUCAAUCAAAAGUGGUUACAUAAAAAAGAAUGUGGAGUAUCGACGAGAUUUGUGAUCGAUGGUGCAGCAAUAUCUUUACUAAAAGCCAAGGUGGCUAGCAAAGCUGUGCCCAAUCCAACUCGGUUCCAAGUUGUGGCUAGCUUCAUAUGGAACUGUGCUGUCUCCGCAUCUACAUCAUUUUUGGGCUCCCAAAAACCAAGUGUAAUGUAUUUUGCAGUAAACAUGAAACCCAAAAUGGUGCCGCCAAUGUCACAGAAUUCGAUUGGAAACAUAGUGUGGUAUGCAGUGGUACACCAUAGGGAAGAAGAGGCAACAGAGCUACGUAGCAUGGUGGAGUUACUGAGUGGAGCCGUACAGAAAAUCAAUGUCGAUCACAUACUAAGCUUACAAGGAGACCAAAGGUUUGCGGUUAUGAGUGGAGUUAUAGAUGAGUUGAGAAACAUGUAUUCAGAUGAAACACCUGAUCUAUAUACGUGUGCUCCUUGGUGUGGGUUAGGGUUCUACGAUGUCGACUUUGGAUGGGGAAAGCCUCUCUGGAUUGUUAGUCCUGUUCGAGAUGGAAAUGGCUUGGUGUACUCAAUUGUCAUUUUUUUGAUGGAUACCAAAUCAGGGGAUGGAGUAGAAGUAAUUCUAGUCUUGCCUCAAAGUCAAAUGGACAAACUGCUCUGUGACCAAGACUUCAUCACUCUUUUCUCCAUCAACCCCAGUAUUUCAGUUCCAUUGCCUCCUCUUAAUAAUUAA